GUUGGCUGCUGUUACGAACUCAGUUGAAAAUAGUAACACGCAAAAAUGAGACACACAAAAUCGGUUUAGCUGUGUUUAAUACAGGAAAUAAAAAAUCAAAGAAGUUUUCAAUCAACAUAAACCAUCGAGGAACAAUGGUCAUUCAAACGGGAUAAUUCUAACAAAUCGGACGUGUUUUGAUUUUAUUUCCAAAUCACAUUUCAAAUCGGAUUUACAGUGGAAAUUUAUUUUGUUCAUUUCCUUCAGUCCAGAUAAACUGACCUUAAAAACGUCACAGUUUUUCUCGUUUUAUUAUCAUGAGUGACUAAUUCUUACAACAUUUUUUUUUCGAAAAAAAAAAAAAUCAUCGACCAGUUGAAUUUCACGAGUUUUUCUUUAAUUUUUUAUUGAAAUUCGGUGAUUUCGAAUUUUUUUUUUUCUACUUAAUUAAAUCGCGAUUUUUCUUUCUUUUGAAAUUUUACCAACGAAACAAAUAAAUAUGAGUGCAAACGUUUUGAUGACUCUACCGAAAUAUGUGCCCAUUCCCAAUAAGAAUGGGCUCCCGAUCUCGGCUGAUCCAAUCGAAAGUUUUAUGGGUUGCGGCAAAAAACGACGUUUGGAUCAUUUGACAUGGGAAGAAAAAUUACAACGAAAAAAACUAAAGAAUCGCGUUGCCGCUCAAACAUCACGCGAUCGGAAAAAGGCCAAAAUGGAUGAAAUGGAUCAAACGGUCAAACAAUUGAUGGAGGAGAAUAAUAAAUUGAAGGAGCAAUUCGAACGUUUAACCGCCGACAAUGAGGAACUGCUCAAGCGAAACAUCGAAUUGGAGCGAAGCUUGGAAGAUUUGCAGAGCCAUCGUUUGAUGGAUUUGGGCGAAUCGACCGCACAAAUGUCACACAAACAACAGCAACAACAACAGCCAAAUAUUAAAGUCGAGUCCGCAUACGAUGCAGCAGCAUUGUGUGAUCGUUGGAUGGGCUGUGGUAUCAUAAAUAAUAAUGGAUCUGCCGUAUCCUCAUACCCUCUGCCGAAGGGAUCUCAAAUGAAACCACAGUCGAUGCGACGCUCAGACAGCACAUGCAGCAAUUAUAUGAUGACCCAACAACAGCAACAACACCAGCAGACAUUGACACCACCGUCGACACCGCCGCCAGCCCAUCAAGCAUCGCAUCCGUUCGAAUCAAACAAGAGAGCCAACAACAACAGCAACGGUCCGCGCAUCGUCAACGGACGAAAUGCCAGUGAACCUCAAAAGCAAUUCCGAUUCAGCUGCUCUAUGGAAGAUUGUGGCUCUUUGCCUUCUCUACAGGACAUGCUCGAAGAUUUCGAUGCCAGCCGAUUGGAAGAGCUUGCCGAAAGUCUACUCGCAGAUGUCACCACAGAGUUUGAAGACGAUGCUAAAGAAGGCGGCCACCGAAUUGCCCAAAUUGAAGGCAAAUCAAAGCCAAUGUUUAGACCAAUGGUGGGGACCCAAACAAAAGACCUGGAAUCCAGCGAAAAUACCUAUGGAAGCCUGAAUACGCCAACACAUCAACCGUCAAUGAUGCGUACAAUCAAACAGGAGACCGUUGAUUGUAUGCCAUCCGAUGAUGAUCUGUACGUAUCAACUGCACCAAUCGCACCCGCCCAUCACAUGCAAUCAAUGCAAAUGCAUUUUGAGCACACACCGUUCGAUCACAGCGAGCAAUUGUUUGACGACAACAACAACAGCAACAACAGCAAUGAUAAAAACACAACCAUUACUAAUGCGAAUCACAUCUGUAGCACAGAUAAAUCUAUGAUAUUAUGCCAAAGCGCCAGCGACAAUUCAACGGACACCGACACACUGUAUGAAACCACGACAUUCAACGACGACGAAGGGAACGUGAUCACCGUCAUUCUACCCGACGAGGAUAUCAGCAAUUUCGAAGAAGUUAUCGAAGAGAUGAACCAAAAUGACGAGGAAGAUGACUGCAUGUCGCAUUUAUCGGCAUUAUCGCCAAUACCAUCCAAUGCCAACUAUGAUGCAUCACCGGGAGGCUAUAGCCUGAACAGCGGUGACGAUGCCGCCGCUGUUUCUGAUCAUGACAGCGCCUAUGAUUCGGUCGUUAAUUCACCGCCCGGUAAAAUAUCAUCAGCAUGGUCAACCACUUCCUCCGUCAAUUGCAUCGACGACGAUUAUCGAUACUACGAUUACUGGCCACAAGAUUCAUUUUCCGUGCUAUUUCCUUCAUUGGCUUAACUGAUAGCCAUGAGUUCGAGAUUGCGUUACAUUGCACACCACUAUUCGAUUCGAGCACAUCGUUCAUCGGCUAGUGUGCAGCGUAACACAACAUCGGGCCAACUAUGAAGAAAUCACACAACCUAAGCACACACACAAAAACGGGAAAUU